UUGAGAGAAUUCACUUAUAAUCUCUCAUCGAGAUUAAAUGCAGCGUCAAAGUGCAGUGUUGCAGCCUCAAAAUGCUGAGUUUUAUAGGAAAUAAAUAAUAGUAAAUAUGAUUUGUGGUUAGAAUGUGUUAUUUAUUCAUUCCUUUUCUUUUACAAAGCGCAUCUGAUGAAACCAAUCAUAAUUAGGUGUUGUGCCGCGUGUUACAACAAUAUUCAUCUCAACAAUCAACAAUAAUCAAUUUGACAAACAAUGACCGAAGUGAAGAAGGAUGAUGUCGUAAAAAUACUCCACACUUAUCCAUUGUGUCGCAAAUGUGACAUGAGUGACGAGAUGAAGCAGGAAGCUAUGGAAUUGUGUGUAACAGCAGCAGAGAAGUAUGCUGACAAUUAUGAGAGUGCCUCAAAAAUGAUAAAGGAAACAAUGGAUAAAAAAUUUGGGGCAUCGUGGCACACCGUAGUAGGUGAAGGAUAUGGAUUUGAAAUCACAUAUCAGCUGAAGCACCUACUGUAUAUGUAUUGUGCAGGAAAUUUGGCUAUUUGCAUAUGGAAAUCAGCAUAGCUGUGGCUGGAGUAUGUCAAGCUCUUGCAGAGAUUGACUAUCAUUACGAUAGCACCAGCUCCUGUGAACUCUAAGCACAUACAUAAAUGAUCAAACUGUACCUAAAUGUUAAUCGUGUUGUCUUGUUAUAGUGUAUCAUCAUAUAGUGGGAUGAAUCACACUCAUGUGCAACAUCGCCUUAUUUUAUACAUAUACUUAUGUCUGGGAGCACACGCAUGAUAUAGUUACCUUGAAUUCCAAAAUUUUUAGAGUUCUUCCACUUGAGGUUUGUACUAAUAAUAGUUUGAAAUCUAUGACACCAUACAUAAAUAGUAGUAGCAAUUGAUGCGAUCGAUUAUCAGAGCAUCGAAUGACUGAUCCGUACCAUUUAAUACUUUACUAAAAUCGCCCAAUUACAGUUUGUGAAAAAUAUAUAGGUAAAUAACAAAGAUCUGUAUUGUGAUUCUAAGUCAACAUAAUUGUAAUAAAACUGAAGAUAAGUGAUACUCGGAAGUACACAUUUUGGACUUUGAAAUUAUUUAUGAAAUCGUUACCUGUGUUAUGUAUAUUUCAUAUGCCUAAUAAACACAUUACACUGAUUUGUUUUCAGUUAUGGUUUUCCACGAACAUAAACUCAAGAAAAAUAGUAUCUUCAAAAUUUUCAGGAACACCAUAGCAGAGUAAACACAGAUU